UGAGGGUCUGAAAGGACAAGGAGGCACUCGGCCUGGGGAAGAGGAGUAAGGCAAAAGGUAGAGGUUCAGAGCCUAGCUUUGUGGGGUCACAGGAUCCUUGAGAUCCAGAUAGAGGCUUGUACCUUGUCCAGGUAAACACACAUACACACAAUAACCCCCCAAGGGCACAUACACACUCCUCAAAAGGCCUCUGAACUCACACUCCCCGUUGACCUCCACACACACACACACACACACACACACACACACAGACACGCUUACAUACACUUUUGCAGGCAGUUUUGCGUCUUCUUGGUCCCUCUGGCUUUGCCUGGAGAAUGCCUACCCCCCUCCCCUCUGGUUCCGGCCGGCCGCCUUCACAGGCCGUCCCUCUUCAGCUCUGGACUUCGUACCUGUCACCGGAAAUUCACUUGUUUAUCAGGGCCGCCAGCUUGAGCUGCUGCCUGCUGAAGACUGCCCCCUCCCUGGAUCCCAGCGGCACUAACCCCGCAACCGCCCGCGCCCCCGGCACUGGGGGUGGGGGUGACGCCUGCGCCAGAAGGUUCUCCGCAAUUCUUGGGAAGAUGUAGCAUUAGUCCUCCCUAUUGGAGGCUCUGCUCUCCGCCCUCACCUGCGGCUUCGGCCCCGCCUGGCUGCUGCGUCCGCAGGUGAGUCAAGCUGCAGUUCUGGCCCGCCCACCUGGCCGGGUCCUGCCGGCUCUAACUGGAAGCUCCUCCGCGGACAGUGCACAGUUCCUACAGGACCCAAUGCCUAGUGCCGGGCUCGUGGUGCUUUCCUAGCCUGGACACUCCUCCCAGGUCCUCCUCUGAUUCAAAUACCUCCAGCCCCAGCUGUUCCUCCUCCAGGACUCUGUGCCCUGCGGCUGCCUGGCGUCUGGGAGUCUCCUUAGAGCCAGGGCUCUUCUGCCAGAGGCUGAGGCUCACCAGUGUCUUCUGGCCCCUCAAUGAGUGAGGCAAACCGAACCACUGGGGAGCCCUCGGAGCUCCCCACAGCAUCCGCCGUAUCCCCUGGACUGGGCAGCGGGGCCCGGGCAUGGCCUGUGCUGGUAGGGGUCGUGCUGGGGGCUGUGGUCCUUUCUCUCCUCAUCGCACUUGCUGCCAAAUGCCACCUCUGCCGCAAAUACCGUGCCAGCUACCAGCACCGCCCGCUGUCUGGGAGAGGGAAAGGGGUCCGCCCUGAGGUGGGUGAAGAUGAGGAUGACGAUGGCUUCAUCGAGGACAAUUACAUUCACCCUGGGGUUGGUGGGCUGGGGACGGAGGGAAGUAGGGACCACUUCUCCCUCUGAGCCCUCAUCUUCGGACCCCCCCCAACCCCUAUGCCUGACAGCUUAAGGUCAGCAGAUACUUUGUGGGAACCGCAAGCCUCAGGGACUUGGUGGCUAGGGCUUAAGGGCUGACCAGGGGUAGAUCAAUCCUCCCUUCCUUGACACUAGCCACCAAAGUGACCAUGACCCUCUCUUGCUCAGUAACCCUAAUGGCUCCCUCCUGUUCUUGGGAUAAAGCCUACCAAGGCCCUGGCUAUGAAAUCAGGUCUCUGUCAGCCUUUGGUUUCCUUUCCUGCCUUUCCCUACUUUACUCCCUACUUAACCAAUUAUUUGUUAUUCCUCCCCCACCUACCAUGCUGUUUCUCCAUGGACCUUUGCUCACCCUCUUCCCUUGUCUCCCUGCCCUUCUCUUCUCCCAAGUCCUUUAUGACAGUGAUGAGAAUACCUGGCCAGUAGACCCCAUGGGGCCUGCCUACCUGCCAGCAUUUCAAAUGUGCCCAGGUGAUAACAUCUUAGCAGGUGAAAAUCAUUGUGCCAAGUUUCUUAGGGAGAUUUUUUCCCUAUCAAUCAAGUGGUAAUCUAAAUAGUUAUAAUAUAUUAUGUUUUUCACAGAUACUAAUAAAUCUAUUUUCAUUUUAAAUAAAAAUAGGAAGAAGUCACUCAUAUUUUAUUUUCCUGAACUGAAACUUGUGCAUAAACAUGUCCCUUGUCGCUCAAAGCCAUGACAGUGCUCGGACAUCCCCUCCCUGGGACACCUUCCCAGAGCCCCUCCCUUCCUUAACACCUGUGAGUUUCCCUACCAGUCUCUUACCACGUUUAAUUUUAAUCUUUAUUACAAUUUGCACUAACCCCUUACCGGGCUAGACUGUGAAUUCUCUGAGGCCACAGUCUGCGCCUUCCUCUGUGUCCUCAGAGUCUCUCACACGGCAGAUGCUAAAUAAAUAUUUGUUGACUUUGUUGAA